CAGGCAGAAUAACUCCAGAAAAAGGUGAUUUCUGUUGAAAUGAGGUCUCUCUGCAUUUAGGGGCUUUUAUUUUGGAGUCAGAUGCCAGUGGAUUAGGUUGAGUUAUCUCUCAGGAAAAGGAAACACCUCCUUCUCAACACAUGUGAGGACCAUUCCUCCUCCUCUAAAGGAUGACAGGGAGUGGAUCAUAGUGGAGGGCUGCUCCCUCUGCAGCAGCUACAUCAGCUCCUCUGUCACAGAGUGACCAAAACCUCUCACUGCUCCUCGGAACAAAUUAUGGGAUCUUAUCUAAGUGUUGGCUGAAAGACCAGGUCCAAAUUUGGAUCUAAAUUCUUUGUUUUUGGAAACUUUAAUCUAGUCAAUCUGUGCUGCUCUCAUCUGGAACCAAGUCGCUGCCCGCUCUCCUCCCAGUGAAGUGGUCUAUAGCAGCAGGUGUUGAGCGGGAGGAGACACUAGAAUCUUGGUUUGGGAGUUAAGUGUGUAAAACUAAGUCCUGGAGAUGAUAGAUAUUUGAGGCCACAGUGAACCAGGAUGGAGCCUGUUAAGAGAGACAUGGAGCUGCUCAGUAACAGCAUGGCGACCUACGCUCACAUCAAAGCCAACCCAGAGAGCUUCGCCCUCUACUUCAUGAUGGGCGUCUGUUUCGGCCUCCUCAUGGCGCUGUGCCUCCUGGUGGCCGGCAUCGCCUGCAGGACUCGUCGCUACACAAGACCUCCACCUUCCCCCGAAAGGAGACAGCUGAAGGAGUCCAGCGAAGAAGAAGAGGAGGACGGGGACGAGGAGGAGAGCAUUGCAGAGGAAGAUGGGGAGGAGGCAGAGAUCCCAAAAGUGACAAUCGGGCCGAUGAGUGAUCGCAGCAGCCAGUCUAACGGGACUCUGAGGAGCGUCAAUGUGUUUGCGUCAGCUGAGGAGCUGGAGAAGGCGCGACGUCUGGAGGAGAGAGAAAGAAUCGUCAGGGAGAUCUGGAGGAACGGACAGCCGGACAUCCUGGUUACAGGGACAGGGACCAUUGGACGAGUGCAUUACCACUAACAGACACUUUGACUAAAGAUCCACCUCACAAACUGCAAAGGACAGGACACUCAGCACAUUGGACUGAGACAUUUUAAUCUGUAUGGCAACCCAAAGUGUUCAAUAUUAAAAUAAGAACCUGUACGAUAAUGAUUGGAGUGAUACGGGAGACUAAACCUUAUAUUUCACUUUGUCAAAACUACACCCCUCUUCUUGAUUCACAAACAAGAAAAAAUAAUAAUUCAGCAGUGUUACCCCAAUUUAAACAUGAAAUAAAUUAAAUAAAUAAACUUGGCUUCUAAUGCUCAUCACCAGUGAACAAAUUGAUAUAACACUUACUUAGAGACCGAACAGCUGUCUUCUACAUAUGGCAAAGUUUAAAAGAUAAGUAAGACAAAAUACAAAUUUGAACAGAAACAUACCAUAAAAAUACUUUCCCUUAGGACAAGAAAAAUACAUUUUCUGACCCCUCUCCUGCCCGGUAGCUGUUUUACAGUCCCUAAAUAUAUGAGGGUUGAUGAAAUGCUAUUUUAUCUUUAUUGAUCAAGAAAAACCUGUAUGUCCUGACUAAAAAGUGCAUCAUUAACUAAAUCUGUCUGGGGGAAAAUGGCGUAAUUUAUUUCAUAAAAAAAAAAGAUAUUGGAUUAUUUUUUUAUAUACUGACAUUUUGAAGACACUGA